UAAACGUUGAGGGUUACGUCAGUGACGAGCGCAGGCGGAUACUCAGGAAACGUAGGCGAACCCGAGUGCCCCAGCAUGGCGGGCACUGGCUUGGUGGCCGGAGAGGUUGUGGUGGACGCGCUGCCGUAUUUCGAUCAAGGUUAUGAAGCGCCUGGUGUGCGGGAAGCGGCUGCAGCCCUGGUGGAGGAGGAAACUCGCCGGUACCGACCCACUAAAAACUACCUGAGCUACCUGACAGCCCCGGAUUAUUCUGCUUUUGAAACUGACAUAAUGAGAAAUGAAUUUGAAAGACUGGCUGCUCGACAACCAAUUGAACUGCUCAGUAUGAAACGAUACGAGCUUCCAGCCCCAUCUUCAGGUCAGAAAAAUGACAUUACCGCGUGGCAAGAAUGUGUCAACAAUUCUAUGGCCCAGCUAGAGCACCAGGCUGUUCGAAUUGAGAAUCUGGAACUGAUGUCACAGCAUGGAUGUAAUGCCUGGAAAGUAUAUAAUGAAAAUCUAGUUCACAUGAUUGAACAUGCACAGAAAGAGCUUCAGAAGUUAAGGAAACACAUUCAAGAUUUAAACUGGCAGCGAAAGAACAUGCAACUCACAGCUGGAUCUAAACUAAGAGAAAUGGAGUCGAAUUGGGUAUCCCUGGUCAGUAAGAAUUACGAGAUUGAACGGACAAUUGUGCAACUAGAAAAUGAAAUCUAUCAAAUUAAGCAGCAACAUGGAGAGGCAAACAAAGAAAACAUCCGGCAAGACUUCUGAAAAGACUAAUUUGGUGGGGAGAAAGGAAGAAAAGUUGGGGUUUCGUAAACUGUCAGGCAUCUGAACUUUGUCUGAACUAUGAAGGACAACAGCUUGUCACAGAAACUGUUGAUGGUUGUGAAAUUUUCAGAAAACUUAAAAUGUGUGAAGUGUUUUGUCCUGUUUGUAUUUCUUAGCAAAAUAAAGAUUUUCAACGUGA